GCUCUUUGUGCAUGCCUGGGAGAGAAGCUGGUAGACAGAGGGACCCGCUGCUUAGGAGUUUUCCUGGGUAGAUGAGGAGGGUACUUAGGAAAUUAGAUUUGAUAAGCUUUUUAUCUAUCAGAGAGCUAUUUUCUACUGGGCUAAGUCCCAGGGAACAGCAUCUCAAAGUCUUAUUUAGUAUCCUGGUGCUGAAGAAGGAUUAAAGUUAGAAACAUUGGAACUUGGGCUGAAACUUUUGGCACAGAGGGACAGGAAGCUGCACUGUGUUCCUUGUUCUGGGAUGUGGUAGCUGUGCCUGGUGUUUGCUUUAAUGUCCCUUUAGAAUAGAGUGUCUGCACUGCUUGUCUUUCAGGGUGGGGCUAGUAAGUGAGAUGAUACAGGUGGGAGUUCGGUGAGCCUGGCAUGUCCGUACAAGUGCGGAGUACUACUAUCAGUCCCUCGGUCUCUGAUGAAGCCUGAUUCACAGGCGAAGAGAGGAAUUUGGGAAUUUUGUUUGCUUAGCUCCCAGGCAAUCUCAUUAAUACCCUCUGACUCCCAAUAAGGUAGGAUAGGUUUGAGGGAGGUACUAUCCCUGCUAGGAGAACAUCCCAGUCUGCUUUCGUCCAUGGCAAAAUACCUGACUUCUUGGAAAACCUUUUCCUUGGUACAAGUUCCACUCCUUCUGGUCUAAUUUCCAAAUUUUGGGGAUAGUGGAGCAAAAACUCUUUUCUACUUGAGCCCCUUAGCUAAAGGCAACCAGAUAUUCUUUCCUCCCUAGAGGGAGACUGAGCGUCACGGGCCUGCGAAGGGUUAAGUGAGCCACACCCUCAGCAGGAACAGCUUUGGACUUUGUGCUGAGCAGCCGUCUCUCCUCCUCCCCUGGCCUGACUGGCACAGGCAGCCUGGACUGGAGGAGGCAGCGCAAAGGAAGAUCUGAAGAGUGGACGCUGGCAGGAAGGUGGCCUCCUCGCUGGUUUUGCCGACACCAUGGACAGCUCCCACUAAGCCCUCUCCACUCUGGGUGCCUGGGGCUCCUAUGCCCCCUUCCUGUCAAACUGGGAUUUCAUCCACCUUGCUUCAAGGGACACUGAAGUGACGCCCUCGUCCCAGUGCCCGAGAUGCCUUCUGUCAACCCACGUGCUGCUUACUCUUCCUCGCCAAGUUACUUCAAGAUUCCACCUUUUUUUAAGUCUGAAAAGUACGAGAUAAUAAUACAACUCUGCUCCCCUGUUGCUGCCUCCUGGGUACUGUCCUUCUCCAGGUGGUCAGAGGAUCUGCAGCCCCUCAACCUGCCUCUCAUGGAAGGUUCUGUGGGAGUAGAGGACCUUGUCCUCCUGGAACCCCUGGAGGAGGCGUCUCUGCUCAAGAACCUUCAGCUUCGCUAUGAAAACAAGGAGGUUUAUACCUACAUUGGGAACGUGGUGAUCUCAGUCAAUCCUUACCAACAGCUGCCCAUUUAUGGCCCCGAGUUCAUUGCCAAAUACCGAGACUACACCUUCUAUGAACUAAAGCCCCAUAUCUAUGCUUUAGCAAAUGUGGCCUACCAGUCACUGAGAGACCGAGACCGAGACCAGUGUCUGCUCAUCACAGGCGAGAGUGGAGCUGGAAAGACUGAGGCUAGCAAGCUGGUGAUGUCUUACGUGGCCGCCGUCUGUGGAAAAGGGGAGCAGGUGAACUCUGUGAAGGAGCAACUUCUUCAGUCAAACCCAGUGCUGGAGGCAUUUGGCAAUGCCAAGACCAUUCGCAACAACAACUCCUCUCGAUUUGGAAAAUACAUGGAUAUUGAGUUUGACUUCAAGGGAUCCCCGCUUGGUGGCGUCAUCACGAACUAUUUGCUUGAGAAAUCCCGAGUGGUGAAGCAGCUCAAAGGGGAAAGGAACUUCCACAUCUUCUAUCAGCUACUGGCUGGAGCAGACGCAGAGCUGCUGAAGGCCCUGAAGCUCGAGCGGGAUACAAGUGGCUAUUCCUAUCUGAACCAGGAAGUGUCCAGAGUGGACGGCAUAGAUGAUGCUUCCAACUUUAGAGCUAUACAGAAUGCAAUGACAGUGAUUGGGUUCUCCAAAGAGGAAAUUCAACAAGUGCUGGAGGUGACAGCCAUGGUCCUGAAGCUGGGGAACGUGGAGAUGACAGAUGAUUUCCAGGCCAACGGGAUACCAGGAAGUGCCAUCCGCGACGGGAGAGGUGUGCAGGAGAUUGGAAAGAUUGUGGGUUUGAAAUCCGAGGAACUAGAAAGGGCUUUGUGCACGAGGACCAUGGAAACAGCCAAAGAGAAGGUGGUCACUGUGUUGAAUGUCACCCAGGCUCAGUAUGCUCGGGAUGCUCUGGCUAAGAACAUCUACAGCCGCCUCUUCGACUGGCUGAUACAUCGAAUCAAUGAGAGCAUCAAGGUGGGCGCUGGGGAGAAGAGAAAGGUAAUGGGAGUCCUGGAUAUCUACGGCUUUGAGAUACUGGAGAAUAAUAGCUUUGAGCAGUUUGUGAUUAACUACUGCAAUGAGAAGCUGCAGCAGGUGUUCAUAGAACUGACCCUGAGGGAAGAGCAAGAAGAGUAUAAGAGAGAGGGCAUACCGUGGACAAAGGUGGACUACUUUGACAACGGCAUUAUCUGUAACCUCAUUGAGCAUAACCAGCGAGGCAUCCUGGCCAUGCUGGACGAGGAGUGCUUGCGGCCUGGGGUGGUCAGUGACUCCACUUUCCUAGCAAAGCUGAACCAGCUCUUCUCCAAGCACAGUCACUAUGAGAGCAAGGUCACCCAGAAUGCCCAGCGCCAGUAUGACCACAGCAUGGGCCUCAGCUGCUUCCGCAUCAGCCACUAUGCGGGCAAGGUGACGUACAACGUCACCGGCUUCAUCGACAAGAAUAAUGAUCUGCUCUUCCGAGACCUGUCCCAGGCCAUGUGGAAGGCCCAGCACCCACUCCUUCGGUCCUUGUUCUCUGAGGGGGAUCCCAAGCAGGCAUCUCUCAAACGUCCGCCAACUGCUGGGGCCCAGUUCAAGAGUUCUGUGGCUGUACUCAUGAAGAGCCUGUAUUCCAAGAACCCCAACUACAUCAGGUGCAUAAAGCCCAAUGAAUAUCAGCAGCGGGGCCGGUUCUCCUCAGAGCUGGUGGCCGUCCAGGCGCGCUACCUAGGGCUGUUGGAGAACGUGCGGGUGCGGCGGGCAGGCUAUGCCCACCGCCAAGUCUACAAGUCCUUUCUGGAAAGGUACCGAUUGCUGAGCAGGAGCACUUGGCCUCACUGGAAUGGGGGAGACCGGGAGGGUGUCGAGAAGGUGCUGGGGGAGCUGAGCCUGUCCUCAGAGGAGCUGGCCUUUGGGAAGACGAAGAUCUUCAUCAGAAGCCCCAAGACUCUUUUCUACCUGGAAGAGCAGAGGCGCCUGAGGCUCCAGCAGCUGGCCACCCUCAUCCAGAAGAUUUACCGAGGCUGGCGCUGCCGCACCCAUUACCAGCAGAUGAGGAAGAGUCAGAUCCUUAUUUCCGCUUGGUUUCGGGGCAACAGGCAAAAGAAAUACUACGGGAAGAUGAAGGCAUCAGCUCUGCUGAUCCAGGCUUUCGUGAGAGGGUGGAAGGCUCGCAAGAAUUACCGAAAGUAUUUCCGGUCUGGAGCUGCCCGCACCUUGUCGAAUUUCAUUUACAAGAGCAUAGCACAGAAAUUCCUGCUGGGGCUGAAGGACAAUUUGCCGUCUGCUAAUGUCUUGGACAGAAGCUGGCCGGCCGCCCCUUACAAGUGCUUCGACAGGGCUAAUCAGGAGCUGCAGCAGCUGUAUCACCAGUGGAAGUGUAAGAAGUUCCGGGAUCAGCUGUCUCCAAAGCAGGUGCAGAUGCUGAGGGAAAAGCUCUGCGCCAGUGAACUGUUCAAAGGCAAGAAGGCUUCCUAUCCCCAGAGUGUCCCCAUUCUGUUCCGUGGUGACUAUAUUGGGCUGCAAGGGAACCCCAAGCUGCAGAAGCUGAAAGGCGGGGAGGAAGGCCCCAUUCUGAUGGCAGACACUGUGAAGAAGGUCAACCGUGGCAAUGGCAAGACUUCUGCUCGGAUUCUCCUCCUGACCAGGGGGCAUGUGAUUCUCACAGACACUAAGAAGUCCCAGGCCAAGAUUGUCAUUGGGCUGGACAGUGUGGCUGGGGUGUCAGUUACCAGUCUCCAGGAUGGGAUCUUUAGCUUGCAUCUGAGUGAGACGUCAUCAGGAGGCUCCAAGGGGGACAUCCUAUUGGUCAGUGACCAUGUGAUUGAGCUGCUGACAAAAAUGUACCAGGCUGUGUUGGAUGGCACACAGAGGCAGCUUUCUGUCGCUGUGACUGAGAAGUUCUCAGUGAGGUUCAAGGGGAACAGUGUGGCUGUCAGUGUUGUCCAGGGCCCUGAGAGCGGUGGGAACAGCAAGCUCAUUUUCAAGAAGAAGGGAAGUCAUUGCCUGGAGGUGACAGUGCAGUGAGGGGAGGGGCCUCUGAAAGAGACACGCCUUCUUCUGGACCAGCACUGUCCUGCUCCAGCCUCCUUGCGAGGCUUGGAGAUGGAAGAACCCUUGAAGAGGACCUUUCUUCUCCAACCCUUCCAGUCCUCUCCUCCCAGCUCUCUGCCCACUAAUAAAACAUUCAGUU